CCUAAUUGAUGUCUCUUCUUCUUCUCCUCCUCCAAAAAAUUCUUUAGGGCGGAACCAAAAAAUUAAACCUAAUUUGAUCCCCGGAGUGCAUGAAAGUAGUUCGGAAUGUGGUUGAUGAUAAUAACCCUUGAUUGAAUCAAUAGAUUGAUUAUUCCUACGAACUCAAUCCAUCCCAACAAGCUCUUCUCCAUUAACAGUUGCUGUUGGAGCUGCAGAAUUCGGAACAUAUAUUGGAAAGACAUUUAGGGCACUGUAUAUAUAGGCGACUGUCAAUGCUGAGUAAAUUUGCAGUAUUGCUGUAGUGAGAUGGCUAAUCAUGGUGUUGGGAAUAAGUUUGCCUCUGUAAAUUUGAAUAAAUCAUAUGGACAACCUUCAAAUUCAUAUGGAGGAAAUAGGCUACCAUCAGGUAGUCGCGGAGUUGGUGGUGGGAUGGUUGUUUUGUCUAGACACCAGAGUUCUACUACAGGUGUUCAUAAAACUGGACCCAAACUUUCAGUUCCACCCCCCAUGAACUUGCCUUCAUUGAGAAAGGAACAUGAACGCUUUGAUUCUUCGGCUUCUGCUAGUGGAGCAGCUGGUUCAGGUAAUUCUGGUUCUGGAUCAAAACCUACUUCCUCUGGUAUGGGCUGGUCGAAACUUGCUCCUUCGGCUUUUCAAGAGAAAGAUGCCGGGGAUGAUCAACAUUCUAAAUCAGUUGGUGAUAGCCAGAUUGUUGAUGGUGGCAAUGAUUUAUCUUCAUAUUCCUCAUCGGGAGUUACAUCAGGAAGAGCUGGUGGAAGUGUUUAUAUGCCUCCGUCAGCAAGGUUGGGCACACUUGGGGCACCUGUAGUUCAUUCUUCACGGAUUGUUCCAGUUGUGGAGAAAGCUGUGGUACUGAAAGGUGAAGACUUCCCGUCGUUGCAAGCUACUUUACUGUCUGCAUCUGGUGUUAGUCAGAAACAACAUGAUAUUUCACAGCAUAGGCAGAAGCAGAGAGUGACAGAGGAAGAAGUUGAUCAGCAGAAGGAUAAUUCUUAUUCAAGGACAUCGACUCACAUGCGCCCACAAAUUCAAUCUUCUCGGCCUAGUGGCAGCUCAGAUGAGAGUCAGGUCGGGGGUUCUGGGUUGAGUAGCUCUGAUAAUGUUGAAAUAUCAAGGAAGCCGGAUUCGUACUUCCCUUCUCCGUUACCACUUGUCCGGUUAAAACACACAUCUGAUUGGGCCGAUGAUGAAAGGGACACUGGUUAUGGUAUUUCAGACAGAGAAAGAGAUAGGGAGUACUCUAAGAAGAAACCAGUGUGGGAUAAAGACUUAGAUUUUCCGAGGGUUGGUGUGAUGCCUCGAGCAUCGGUUUCUAGUCUUUCUGAAAGGAUAGGUGUACUUGAUGAUGAAAGAGAGAAGGUUCCGACGAGGGAAUUCGCUAGAGGUAGCACUUACAGCAGAGAUGGAUUUGGUGCCCAUGACAAUGUGAUGGACAGAAAUGCUGUAGCUCCAAAACCCUCCAAUUCAAACUGGGAAAUGAAUAGAGAAACUAAGUGCGCUGGAGACAUUUCACGAGAUGGUUUCAGAAGUGGAGAUACAGCGAGUCAAGAGUUCAGGUCUGGAAGGAAGGAUGCUGAUUAUGGACCUAGAGGCAGACAGAAUGGAGAUUCAUUUAGUGGUAGAGGGGCUGGUUACAAUGCACGGGAGCGAUUCAGUAGUGAUCAUUCCUACCAUUACAAAGGUGAUUUCUUCCCCAAAAGCUUAGUCCCAAAGACAUCAUUUUCUUCGGGAACUAGGGGUCCUGCUGUGAAUGAUCCAGUUUUGAAUUUUGUUAAAGAAAAGCGUUCGAGCAGUGUGAAACCAUACCUGGAGGAUCCUUUUCUGAAAGAUAUUGUCAAUGGGCCUGGUUUUGAUGGGAGAGAUCCACUCGCUGGAGGUCUUGUAGGGGUGUUCAAGAGGAAGAAAGAUAUUUCAAAACAAGACGAUUUCCAUGAUUCUGUGAGAGAAUCAUUUGAGGCUGAACUCGAGAGAGUUCAAAAGAUGCAAGAGCAAGAGAGGCAACGAAUUCUUGAUGAACAAACCAGGGCAGUGGAGAUUGCUCGACAAGAAGAGGAGUUUGCAAGGGAAGUGAUAGAACGUCGGAGAAGACUUGAAGAAGAAGCAAGAGAAGUUGCAUGGAGAGCAGAACAAGAACGCUUGGAGGCCAUACGAAGGGCAGAAGAGCAGAAGGCUGCAAGAGAAGAAGAAAAACGAAGAAUGCAAAUGGAGGAAGAGAGGAGGAAAGAAGCUGCCAGGAAAAAGCUUUUGGAGUUGGAGGCUAGAAUUGCAAGGAGACAAUCUGAAGCGAAGGACGACAUGUUUUCUACUGGUGCUGCUGUUAGGAAUGACAAAAUGUUUGAAUUGGCUACAGAAACAGAUGUAUCCAUGGUGACGGAUGUGGUAGAUUGGGAAGAUGGUGAGAGGAUGGUGGAAAGAAUCACCAAUUCUGCAUCUUCUGAUUCCUCCAAUCCAACUAGAUCCUUUGAAAUGGGUUCUAGGCCUCCUUAUAUAAGAAGCGGAGAUUCGGUAUUUUCUGAUAGAGUAAAACCUGGAAAUGCAUGGAGAAGGGAUGUGUUUGAAUAUGGAAACAGCUCUAGCUUCAUGCUGCAUGAUCAAGACAAUGACUACCGUGGUCCAAGACGCGACACAUUUGGUGCCGGACGAGCAGUUUCCCGAACAGAUUUAUAUGGCAGUCCCGGAUUCAUAUCAGGCACGAGGCCAUCUUCCAAAGGAGGGUUUUCAGAACCUCACCAAUUAGAUGAAAAGGCUGUUUCUUCGAGGUGUGACUCUCAAUCCUCGCUCUCUGUUUCUAGUCCACCUCAUUCACCUACUCAUCUGUCUGAUGAUGACCUAGAGGACUUGAGGGAUUUUCCUGUCCUACAAACUGCUGCAAAAGGCGAAGAAUUUUCUUUGUCAGAAAAUGAGCAUGCUGAAGAUGAAGAGUGGGAUAUCGAGAAUGCUGAAAAGUUGCAGGAGCAAGAAGAAUAUGAUGAGAAUGAUGGUUACCUCGAAGAAGAUGAAGUUCAAGAAGGCGAUGAUGAAAAUAUUAAUUUGAGCCAUGAAUUUGAACAUUUGAAUUUGGAAGUUGAAGAAGCAGCUGACGAGAUAGGAAAAACCAUCUUAGGGUUUGAUGGAGGUGUUGAAGUUCAAAUUCUCAGCGGUGAUGAGUUUGAGAAAUCAUCUAGAGACAGAGAUUUAUCAGUUGGGACACAACAGGGUCCUGCUGGUAAUUUAGACGAGGGAUCCUUUACGAUUGAUACCAGACAGACUAUCAUGCCUGAAAAUAGUUCUCUUGACGUCAGUCUGGAUAGUUCUAGUCCCAUGGCAAAGGAAACAGAGAAUGCAGUCCAAGAUUUGGUUUUCCAAUCUGGUAAUUCAUCAACAUCUUCAGGUUAUCUUUUGGGUAAUACGAAUACACAGCCAGCAGUGACAUCUUUUAAUGUUUCCCUCUCUUCUCCAAUAGCCCAGCCUAUGAUGCCAGCAGUUUCAUCUGGUGUUAGUCAGGGUGAAGUACCUAUGACCCUUCAAUUUGGCCUUUUUUCUGGUCCAUCUUUGAUACCAUCUCCAGUUCCAACCAUACAGAUUGGUUCUAUUCAGAUGCCUCUACACAUACAUCCUUCACAACCUCACAUGCACCCUUCACAACCUCCUUUUUUCCAAUUUGGUCAGCUGAGGUAUGCAUCUCCCAUGUCACAAAGCAUUUUGCCUUUGGCUCCUCAGUCAGUGUCUUUCGUUCAGCCCUCAGUUACCGCCCAUAAUUCUUUUAAUCAAAACCAUGAAAGUUCUGUAAAUAUUCCAGCAGAGUCAUCUGUGAUGUUGAAUGACCAACCUGGUAUGUCGAAGCUCUUAAAUAUAUCUGAGGACAGUAAACCCAUUAAGGUGACUGUGUUAGCAAGUAGGCAAGACCAAGAGAAUGAAGUUUUGACUUCUUAUAGUCAGAUUCAGAACUCCAUUUUACCCGACAGUGAGAGCAAAUCUGAAUCCCUAGUUCAAGAUCAGGGGCAACAUGAUAUGGCCAUGAGGAAGAACUAUAGAUAUGCAGCUAACAAUAAUCAAUCACAAGGUCAAGUGCAAGCUGAAUCUACCAAGUCUCACUUCAUGUCAAGAAAUCCAGGCCCAAUAUCUGGUGGGAGAGGGAAGAGGUUUACAUAUACAGUCAAGAACUCUGGGUCAAGACCUUCAUUCCCAGUUUCUGAAGCUCCUCACUCAGAUUUUAGUGGGUUUCAAAGAAGGCCUCAUCAUAAAUUUCGACGUACGGAGUUUAGGGUAAGAGAAAAUGUUGAGAAGAGGCAUACAGAAAGCGUUGGAACUUCUGAAAACUCUGGGAUGGACGAAAAGUUGAAUUUUCAUGGUAGGAUGUCAGGAUAUUCUGGGAGAAAUGGGGUGGUUAAAAAGGAAUUCGGGUACAACAGACAGUCAAAGCAUCUAGUUGAAUAUGUAGGCUUAAAUUCAGAUUCAAGUGGUUCACGUGUAGCUGACUCAGAAAGCAAAACAGAGAAAAGACCUGGUAAAGAGGCUUCUACAAAGAGGCUGACAUCUUCACCCAAUGUAUCGGACACUUGGGAAGGAAACCCUGGAAGGAAUAGCAGUUCAGCGGAGGAUGUUGAUGUUCCUAUGCAAAGUGGGAUUGUGCAUAUUUUUAGACAAACUGGGAUAGAAGCCCCUAGUGAUGAGGAUGAUUUCAUUGAAGUGAGGUCUAAGAGGCAGAUGUUGAUUGAUCGGCGAGAACUGAGGGAAAGGGAAAUUAAGGCCAAAUCUCGGAUGGCAAAGGCAUCUCGGAAACCUCGUUAUGUUUCACAAAAUCCUAGGGUUCCAGUGUAUUCAAAUAAACCAUCAAUAUCAUUGGUGGCAGAAGCAUCCAGCAGUAUUCCUUCUACUUCUCUUGUUUCUGAUGGCAAGGGCACUCCCAAUGUUGAAGUGGUAUCUGCAUUUAAAAACGCUAUAACUUCACAACCCCUGCUGGCUCCUAUUGGGACCCCUGCUCUUACUUCUGACGGCAAUGCUGUCACAAGAGCCCACUCCAUCAAACCCCUCAAGAUCAACUCCAUUCCUAGCAUGUCAAAUAAUGGAGCUAAUCUUGCUCCUGGCUCAUCAUUGGAUAAUAAGAGUGGUUGGAUGGAUAAUAUGCCAACAUAUUUGGGCUCUUGGGGCAGUGCUCGAAUUAAUCAGCAGGUCAUGACAUUAACGCAGACACAACUUGACGACGCUAUGAAGACAACACGGUUUGAUGGUGAUUUCACGGCUGCUGCUAUUGAUUGUAGCAAACCAUCAGCGUCCAUCUUGUCGCAGGACAAAUCAUUUUCGUCCUCAGCAAGCCCUCUCACCUCCCUUCUUGCUGGGGAGAAAAUUCAAUUUGGUGCGGUUACAUCUCCAGCUAUUCUACCUUCUAGCAGCCGAGCUGUUUCAAGUGAUCUUGGACCUCCAGGCUCGUCUAGGCCAGAUGCUUCUGUUGACAAUACUUUAUCUGCAGUUGAGAAUGGUCACUCAUUUUUUGAGAAAGAACAGCGUCCCGAUGAAUCAUGUGUUCAUUUAGAUGAUCCUGAGGCUGAGGCUGAAGCAGCUGCUUCUGCUGUUGCUGUUGCUGCUAUUAGUAGUGAUGAGAUUGUUGGAAGCGGUGCAUGUCCUGUCUCAUCAUCUGGUACAAAAGGUUUUGGAGAUGCAGAUAUUGGCAGCUUAGCAUCAGCAGGUGGAUCAGGGAACCAUCAAUCGACAAGUCAAUCAAGGGGGGAAGAAUCCCUCACUAUAGCUCUUCCAGCUGAUCUUUCUGUGGAAACUCCCUCCCUAUCCUUAUGGCCACCUUUACCUAGUCCGCAAAAUUCAUCCAGCCAAAUGCUUUCACAUUUUCCUGGAGCUCCACCUUCUCAAUUCCCUUGGUACGAGAUGAACCCCAUGUUAAGGCCACCAAUGUUUGCCUUCGCUCCUCAUGAUGAAUCUGCUGGUACUGAUUCACAGUCACAGAAGAGCACUAUAUCAGGUUCUGGGCCUUUGGGAGGCUGGCAAUCAUGCCAUUCAGGCGUUGAUUCCUUCUAUGGCCCACCGGCAGGUUUCGCUGGCCCGUUCAUUAGUCCACCUGGAGGAAUGCCGGGUGUGCAAGUUGUGUACAACCAUUUCACACCAGUUGGACAGUUUGGGCAAGUUGGUUUAAGUUUCAUGGGUGCUACAUACAUUCCUUCUGGAAAGCAACCCGACUGGAAGCACCAUCACAUUCCUUCAACACUGGGUACUAGUGAGGGGGAGAUGAAUAAUCUGAAUAUAACCUCUGCUCAACGCAAUCCUUCGAGCAUCCCUACUCCUGUCCAACAUCUGGCCCCUGGACCAUCACUCUUGCCUCUUGGGUCGCCCUUUGCCAUGUUCGACAUGUCUCAAUUCCAGUCUUCUGCGGAUGUGCCAGUCCAAGCUUGCUGGUCCCAUGUUCCUGCAUCACAUCUUCAUUCUGUUCCGCUUCGUUCUGUUCCGCUGUCAGUGCCGUUCCAACAAGGUGAGGGUGGUUUACGUCCUCAGUUCAGUCAUGGAUUAUGUAUGGAUCAAUCGGCUGUCGAGAGGUUUCAUGAACCAUGUACAGCAACCCUACCUCAAGACACACGUAGGAAUUUUCCUGUGUCAAAUGAUGCUACCAUUGCAGCUCAGUUCCCUGAUGAACUUGGGUUGGUGGACCCUGCAAUCUCCACGGGCACUCAUGUUCUAAAUGGCAGCAGGACCACAACGUUCAGCUCAUCGAAUACAUCGUUCUGCUCAACAAAUAAUAAUGGACCGGUCCAUAAUACCGUCUCAAAGAGCUCAUCAAGAAUCAAUGCUGGAAAUAAUGGAGCUGGAGGUGGAAUCCACAACAGCAGCAGCAACAACCAGAGCAUGAAUUCUGCUCAUAAGAAUCAAUCUUCUACCCAUCACCAGCAGAACUCAACCCAUCAACACUAUAACCUAGGUCAGAGAGCAAAGACAAGUUCAAGUUCAGGUUCUGGAGGUGAAUGGUCUCAUAGAAGGAUGGGUGGAUUUCAGGGAAGGAACCAAUCAUCCGGGGUAGACAAUAAGAAUUUCGGUGCUUCAAAAAUGAAGCAAAUAUAUGUAGCCAAGACAACCACAAGUGGGACAUCAACACAGGAUUGAGAAACUAAAGCUGUUGCAGUGGUUGGGAUGGUCACAUAAAUGGAAUUGAACUAUUGCAGAAGUGAACGGAGGAGGAUGACAGUAAGCAAUGCGAGUAAUUCCAUUGCGCAAGGUAUUUUCUACCGAUGAAUUGUUCUGUAGCUCUUUGAUUUAGCCAGUUUAGUUUUUCAAGAUUACAUCACAGAUUGUGCUUCUUUUCAAGAUAGCCUAUCCUUCAUGUAAUACCCUACGCUUUUGUAAUACCCCAUUUUUCAUCAUAAUUUUUUCCC